UUGAGAGGCGUCGGGGUCGCGCUCACCGUGUUUGGCUGGCAGGUGCCUGCUUUCACCAGGUUCAGCAUCAUGGGGGAUCCUGGACCCCGAGACGAGAUGGACCCUCAUCGAGCGACCACAGCACAGGGACCGUGCAGGCGGUUCAUACCGGGGCAGAGGAGAGCUGUCAUGUGUCAGUAAGUGAGCCGCAGAGAAGGCGGUGUUUUCUGGGAGUCAAUCAGAGCUGGAGUCACUGCUUGGUAGGUUAACGAAGAGAGACGGACGUGAGGAAACUGGGAAGUCGGCCUAACUUAAAUAAAUACCGCAUUGAACUGAGCGGAAACAAUGAAUAAAUUGGUGAUUACGAGCCGGCCCGGUCAGCCUGGGCGAAUCGGAACAGGCUGGGCUCGUCCAGUGUGAAGUCGGCUCCCAUCUGUUGACUUCUCCGCCGGGCGGCGAUGUCCGCUUUCUGCCUGGAUUUGCAGAGAUCUGCCGUGGUUUCAGCACCACUAGAGCUGGACAGCGACUGCAUGGAGCCGCCGGCCAGCCCCGGCGCUCAGGAGCCCGGCGGCUUUCAGGGCCACCCGCCGCCGCGGCGCGCCGGCUCCGGAGGCCUCGGCACGGCCUUGGAGGAGGAACUGGCCAUGAUCACCGGGGAGCGGGGAGUCGACGAGGAGCUGGCGGAGCUGGAGGCGCCAGCGGUGGGGCACAGCGCAGACAUGCUGUUGCUCUUCCGACAAAAAGAGAAGGACUUGGUUUUAGCAGCUAAACUGGGCAAAGCGCUGCUGGAGAGAAACCAAGACCUGACCAAGCAAUACGAGAAGAUGCACAAAGAUCUGUGUGAGAAGUUGGAGCACCUGGAGCAGGAGAAGCACGAGUUGCGGCGGCGCUUUGAAAGUCGAGAGGGUGAGUGGGAGGGCCGCGUGGCCGAGCUGGAGACGGACGUCCAGCACCUGCAGGGCGAGCUGGAGCGCCACCAGGUCCAGCUCAGGGAGGCGGACAGGGACAAGACCAAGGCCAUCAGCGAACUAUCUGAACAGAACCAUAGGCUGCUGGAGCAACUCAGUAGGGCUGCAGACGUGGAGAGGCAGCUGUCCACUCAGGUCCAUUCAUUACGGGACGACUUCAGGGAGAAGAGUGUGUCUACAAGGCAGCACAUGACACGCCUGGAGACGCUGCAGGCCGAGAUUAAGAUGCUGUCGGAGCGGAAGAUGGAGCUGGAGCGCCGGGUGACCGCCAUGAUCGAGGAGAACGAGCUGCUGCAGAACACCGUGGACGACCUCCGGGAGCGGACGCUGGUGCUCGAGAAGCAGCGCCACGAAAAGGACCUUCAGUUGCGACAAAGCCAGCUGGAGCUUCAGGAGGCCCAGGUGUCCCACAGACAACUGACGGCUAAGUUGGCCGAGCUGACGGAGGAGCACAGUCUGCAAACCUUCAGCCCCCACCCGUCCAACCUGCUGUGUGAGAUAGAGCAGAGCAUGGAGCAGGAGGAGCAGGAGCAGGAGAGGGAACAGCUGCGUCUACAACUUUGGGAGGCCUAUUGCGAAGUUCGCUCGCUCUGUUCCCAUCUCCGAGGAAACGAUGUCACGGACUCGGCACUCUCCACCGACUCGUCCAUGGACGAGUCCUCGGAGACGUCCUCGGUGAAGGAUGUGCCUACAGGGAGCCUUCACACCAGCCUGUUAGAGCUGCGGAGGCUAACACAGAAUCUGCUGGAUGGGAAUGAGUCUACGGGUUCACGGCGCAGUGAUGAGGAGGCACUAGAGGAGCAGGUGAGGAAGAUGGGAGAAGAACUGCAGGAGGUCAGAGAGCUUUAUGAAGCAGAGCAGCACAAAACACGCGGCAACGAAGAGGAGCUGCUGCAGAUGCACAAUCAGAUGGCGCUGCUCUCCAUUGAGAUCUGCUCUCUGAGGGAAGAGAACGAGCGAAUGAGGGCGAUGGCGGACGUCCGAGAACCCAGUGAGCAGCUCCAGAGCGCCAUCAGAGACCGAGACGACGCCAUCGCCAAGAAGAAAGCUGUGGAAAUGGAGCUGGCUAAAUGUAAAAUAGACAUCAUGUCUCUGAACAGCCAGCUUCUGGACUCCAUCCAGCAGAAACUCAACCUGUCACAGCAGCUGGAGGCUUGGCAGGACGACAUGCACAGAGUGAUUGACCAGCAGCUGAUGGACAAGCACCAGGACGAGUGGCGCUCGGUCCACGCCGCGCUGUCCGGAUCGUCGAGGAGUCAGUCCCCGAGGCGAGCUCGCCGCGUCUCUGAGCGGGACAAGAGACUUUUCUCUUUUUUCAAAAAGAACUGAGCCCUGUCGGAACUGGCCCUUAAAGCACAGAAGAGACACAGAGACAGACGGAGGUGAGGGAGUGUAUGGGUAAACAGCUCAGCCAAAGACAGGCGGUGGUAGGCAGGCACUGAUGUUGGGGGGGGGGGGAGGUUCAGAUCAUUUUGCACUUUAUCUGUCCCAUUGCUCUGCUCCUUACUGAAAGGGAAUGAAGGUAAAAAUAAAAAUCAACACUUCCCCAGAGGCUUUGGCUCAGCAAUCCACCCUAAAGAGCGCUUCGCUUUCUGGUCUUACAGAACAGGACAGGGUCACAAAGUUUACCUCCAUAGAGGAAGGUUUCCUUGUAGUGCCUACAAAACCCACUGCCAACUCUGUAGAGGUGGAGAACAAUGUUACAGCGCUACAGCAUGAACAGUAUGCAUCUCAGUUAUCAGGCCGAGGAGGCUGGGGAAAGGCAGAAGUUUGAAGUAUUAAGUUAGAGCUCAGAGUAUAAAGAGAAGUUCUGGCAGUGACACAACGAUGGGGAGUCUCUCAGGUCUAUUCAUGUGUCAGGGGAAAAACAGAGCAUGGUGUGUUCAACACAACUGGAAAAGGUCAAUUCCCAAAUGGAAGAAUAUAAAUAGAGGGGAUGACUUACGGGCACUGCGAUGGACUGGUGACCUGUCCAUGGUGACCCCGUCUCUGACCCAUAGACCACUAGAGAUAGGCAAGGGUGUAUGAUGAUGGAUGGAUUGAUGGACAGACUUAUGGGCAUUUUAAAAAUGCAGUUCUAAAAGUGUAAAUUAAAAAAAGAAAAAUAGUUUUUCUUCAAGAAACCUCUGACCAUCUUAGCUAUUGUAACUAGUUGCUUUGAUUGCAGUAGAUCUCAGACUGAGUUUCUAAAUGCAAAGCAAGUUGUUGUUUUUUUUUUUAAACAAAGCAGCUAGCCUGAUAAAAACCAGCCCCCUCUACAUUAUUUGCUAAGUACAGAGGGUCUAUUGAGAACCGCUUCCUGGGCUGUGUUGAGGUUUUAUAUUUUGCAAUUAGACUGGGAUUUUUCCCUGACUGUUUGGCACCAGUUUUGUGGGAAAUUUCACAAAUUAUAAUUUGUGUUUUAACAAUUUUAUUGUAAACACCAGGAAAACUAAAUAAAAAAAAAAAACUUUUCAGUUUGUGGGAUGUUGUCGCGACCUCAAGAGACUCUCCAUCCUCGUCCCUGACAGAUGAAUAAACCUUUAUGGGGGGUGAUAGAACUCCUUACAUCUAGCUUAGUGGUAUUAUUUUCCUACUGCUCACAUCAUGGACAUCAUUUGAAGAAAAAGCACUGCUCAGUGUUGUCUCCGGGAUGUCAGCCAUCUUCCUAGUUGACCAAAUUUCUUGUUUACAUCAGUUUGAGAAGGGAUUAGGAUUUAUUAUAUGAACAAUAACUAUGAAUUCCACCGGUGAAAAGCAGUGCACCACAGCUGUCAGCAUUCAAUGUGACCGUUUGCAGUCACUCCUAGUGGAGAUGGUCUACCUCCAUUCCUCUCGCUUCAAUACUUCACAGGCACUUUGAUUUCUUAGCUUGCGGGCUUCCAUACUUGGGGGACAUUUCUGACUCCAUUGGUGAAACGCAACGAAGCGAGCUCAGAUGUUUGAGCUUGGAGGAUUUUCCGUGUGGCACAUUAAUGUCUCAUGUCUGUGCGUGUUUAAUGGAGCUGUGCAAACCUAUGCAGGUGUCUUCACGUCAUCUCAGCUGGUUGUUGGGAAGGAUCAACCCAAAGAGUGAUUUUUUUAAAAUGAAAAUGACAAAUAGGUUUGGAUGAUAUAUUUAUAAGAAAAAGCAUACUUUUUUGACAGAAAAUCUUUUUGUAGAAAGACAUAUCUGUACAAUGUUUUUGUCGACUGUUUUUAUGUGUCUUGUGAACUGAAACUCCUUCGAUGGAACGGGCAUCUUUUGGCUCCUUUUUCUUUCCUCUUUUGUCGUUUGGUGUCACACGAUGAGAGAAAUCCCAUAAAUUCAAAUUAUUUAUUCAAAUUCUCUACCUAUAUGAUGCAAUUUACCGGACCUAAACACGAAAUUCUAAAAUGUCUGCACAUUUAAAUGGUCUAUACGAAAACAAACAGAGUUAUAUAUUCUUCUAUUUUUUUUUUACGGAAGUGUUUAACUGGCCAAGCUAGUAAAUAAAUCCAGGAGCAGUAUCCCACUAAAAGAAGAAACCUUCUUGCUAAUAAUGAGAAACUUUCAAGUUUUUAUGAGUUUCACAUUUCAUUAUAACGAGAUACCGUUCUUGUAUUUAUUUAUUUCCUUGUUCCGGCAGUUAAAUGCUUCUGCAUGUAAACAGCUGUUUAGCUAGAUCUAGCUUAGCUUAAUUUGCCUUAUGUUAGCAAAUACUGGAAUUUAGAAAGGGGUGUAAGCAGCUAGCUAAAGUUUAUAUUUUAGCAUCACUGUGAAUGUUACCACCCACAUUUAAAUCUAUCGAGCUAUAGAGCUUUGAUGCUUCAGGGAUAGAGCCUAACUAGCUGUGUCCCUGGUUUUAGAGAUAAGAUAGCCUAGCUUAUUUAAAGCUAGCUGGCACGAAUAAACAGCCCUAAAAGUUAAGUAUACUAAUUAAUGUAUGGGGCUUGUGAUUUUCAGGUAAUCUGCUAUUGGUAAUGACCUAAAAUUAAAAGAAUUGGGACUGAGGUUCUGUUAAAAAUGUAUAAGCAGCUAAUAUCUUGACUGCAGUACAUAAUUAUCUCAGGGUCUUCAUCUGGCAUAAAUUGAGACCAGCUAAUCGUAGAGCCUGAAGCUAACGGCUAGUCUGAGAAGAGCCAACGCCAAAUUUAAAGUGACUCUGUCAUAUUUCUUUUUCAUAAACUGUCACCAUUGCAUUGGAUGGUUUAAGUCUUUAUAGGAAAAUGGAGGCUGGAGGCUGUGCAGCACCAACUGUCUUCCUCUGUGAAACAUACUGAGAAUGGAACAUGUGAAGCAUUUAUACAAACCUACCUAAUAAAAAAUGAAGGCAUAAAAGUUACAGUGGUGUACACUAAAACCUCUGUGUCAGACAGUUAUACUGACCGGAAACAUUUCCAUGUUUCAUCUCUUGAGUAGUCAGGAAGAUUUUUAGCGCCGCUCCACAUCCUACCUCCACAAUCGAUGUAUAUAAUCAACAGAUUUUUUUGUAAAUAAGUAUCCAAGCCAAACAUGACAAUGAUUAACAGGCUCAAAUGAUCAAAUUUGCAUAAACCUCGAUGUUUUUGAAGUAAAAUGAAUUUUAAGAUGUCAGAAUUUCACUUUAAUCUUGGCUCUUAGCUGCCUCCAGGAUCAAAUAAUCUGGAUGUGUUAGUAAAUGAAAGUCUUAUGUACUAUACGUAAGAAUUAAGGUAAGAUAUUAACAACUUAAAAACAUAACAUAACUUCAACGAUGGACAGUCCCUGCAAGAGCCAUUUCAAGAGACAACAGUUUUGAAAAUUAACCAGUAGAUUAUUUCCAGGUCUUAGUCAGACUAGUGAAUAAUCACUUUUAGUGUAAGCAUUUACUUACAAAAGAUAGACUUGAGAAGUUAUUUUUUUAUCAAUAUUGUCCUGAUAGAACAAUUGACUCCAUAAAUUAUAUAGCGAAACGAGACGCUAUUUUUCUUUAAGGGAAAGCAAAACGGCACAAUCAGCCCAAUUUAAAAUGAAAAACAUUGUAACCUCAAACAUUAAUUUCUAACAUAACACUGGCCAGCAGAGAUGAUCACAAUAAUACUGUCAGUGUUUUUAUGUAACCAAUAAUCACAUUAGCCAACAUAUUGGAGUCAGUACUGGGACAAGAACUAAACUUCAGUUUCUUUGUUUUGAUUUUUUUUUUUAUGACACAACUUCAAGGAAAAAAGAAGAAGAAAAAAAACGUGACGUUUGAUUCUGUUGAAUUUAUUUUGAUGUAAAUGCUGUCUGUUGGGGUUUUUUUUCUGGUUGAUUUUGUCUCCGACACUGCAGACUGAAUGAAUUCUGAAAACAUGUCCAGUGUCUGUGUGUGUCUGGCUGGGCGUCCUGAUGCCGGCCGCCACAGAUUGAAGUGUGUGUCGCAGUGGGAAACACAGAGAUCCCAUUGAGUGCGUUUGUGUUGCUCGUCCCCGACGUCGUUUUCGAAUCCAGUGCUUUCGGUGGGCUCAUUGUACUCCGUGCGAGUGCUUCCAUUCACCACUGACUGACGGCACUGUUUUAGUUACAAAAUACUUCAAGCUAUUCAAAAUAUUUAUCAUGCAAUUUUCUUAGCAUCCUUGUUUUUGUACGAAUAAACUCUUUACAAAUCC